AUGACGAAAGGAACAGGAACGUCAUCCUUUGAAGAGCAUCACAAUAAGACACACGCGUUGUGCUGCCCCUGUGGCUCUAAGGCCUACCACCUUCAUAAGCCAACCCGUGGCUACCCUGCCAACCACAACAGGAAGUAUAACUGGAGUGCCAAGGCUAAGAGUCGAAAUGCUAGUGGGACUGUUCGGAUGAGGCACCUAAAAAUUGUCUAUCGCAGAUUCAGGCAUGGAUUCUGUGAAGGAACAUCACCAAAGAGGGCAGCUGUUGCAGCACCCAGUUCAUCUUGA